AUAGCAACAGCAGUAGCAGCAGCAGCAGCAGCAGCAGCACUCAGUCAGUCAGUCAGUCAGGAGCACGGUCGUACCGCUUCCCUCAAUGUUUAUCGUGCUCAGUUGUUGUGUAUCUUUCGUCGAGUGACAGUAUCGGUGUUGCGAACUCCAUGGAAAGAUGCCGAUAGGAACGUAAAACCAAAGCCAAUAAAAAAAACAAACAAUCUAUUCAAUGAAGCAUCACAAGUGAAACUUCAAUCUACUUUUAAAAAUUUUCUUAUAAAUUAAUUUAAACGCUAUUUAUGUAUUUAUAAUAAACCUAAUUUAUUUAUUUAUUUAACUUAUUCAAUCCUUCAAUGUGAAUUCGUUCAGUAAAACUUCAUCACGCGUUCGAGUCAGUAAAAUUAAAAUUCUAAACCAAUUAAUUUAUUCCAACUACCAAAAAACAAAGUCAUUAAGCUUACGAACACAAAAGUAAAUAAUUGUUUAACAGUUUAGAGAAAAAAAAACAUAACCAAACUAAACAAACGACAGAAGAGUACAAAUUAAGCACUAAAAGAAUCCAUUAACGUAAAACACACGUACACACAAACACAAAUCAAGUAGAAUCAGAAAAUUGUAGUUUGAGCAGAAGAAACCACAAACAAAAACCCUAGCACGAGAGUUGACAAUAAGUUGAUUGCGAAAUUCCAACAAACCAGGAACGGCACAAAUCUUCUCGCCGGCAGUAUUAUCACUUCAUUCGCUCAUAACAAACAAACAAAAAAGAAGAGGAAAAAAACCAACAACAAGGCAAAAAAAAAAACCAAACAAAACAAGCAAGUACAAAAAGCAAACCAGUAACAAAGCAGAUAGCGAAAACAAACAAACAAACAAACAAAGUAAUAGUCUAAAAAUUAAUGAAAUAGCAAAACAAAACCACAAAUUGUGAAAGUGUUCAACUAUUGAUCUUAAGUGACAAUGUUACCUUUACCGAAAGCCGGUGGAAGAAGCUGAUUUAUUUUUGAUACGAGUGUGAGAAAGCAAAACAAACAAACAAACAAAAAAAAAAACAUAUUUACCCGAAAACCAAUCAAUCAACCAAAAACCAACAGUCGUGAAAUAGUGAAAAAUAUACCGAUUUUUAGUGAAGAAAACAAAACAAACAAAAGAAACCACGUUGUUUAUUGACGGUGUGCAAAAUCUACCUCUCUUUAAAAGACAACAACAAAAAAACAGAACGUAAACAGUGUAAACAAACUACAAUCCAGUGAGCAUAGGAGAACAUCCAGUGUUGAACUUCGUACUCGUACUUUUUUCCGCGGUUCCGUUUUUUCUUCCUUUUUUUUUGGCUUCGUAUUCGAAACGAUUUCGAAUUUCUAUCUAGUCUUGAACGUACUGACUGGUGUUCGUGUCGGGGUUCUCUUUUUGUUUUUGUUUGCUUGUGUCGCCGGCGCGUACACUGAACGAGUUUCGUGAAUUUGUGUGCAUGUGAUCAAACGGAGACUAAGAUGUAGUAUGACAUCGAUGAUGAGUGCUAGCACAGCGGAGGAAACUACCGAUCAUAGUUUGCCUUCGUUCGCUUCAUUUGCCGCCGAGCUGGAGCCUUCAUGGGAUUACUACGACCGUCAGGAGCGCUCGAACGGUUCCGCUAACGGAGGUGAUGUAAUUUCGUCCCAGACAAGCAAUAGUAGUUAUACCAGACCUUGGGAAAUGGACUCCAAGGAUCAGCGUGUUGCCAUCAGCAAUGGCGGAGGUGGCGGUUUCGAACCGUUCCCGAAGUUACCUUCGUUCCAGAGCCAGUUUCACGGAUACUCGGAAACGGCCAUGGUUACGGAACCGAGUUUACCACAAGUCACGGCAGUUCCGGUACCGAUUUCGCCGAGUUCUGCCUCACCCAAUACCGGUGGUUCGUUGACGCAGUUGACCCAGCUUACACCGACCCCGCUAACUCCCCUGCAGGGUGGUAUUACCUCUCUCGGAGGCUCUAGCUUCCACACGCUCAGUGCCGUCAAUCCACGUCCGUACCCGAUCGUACCUGCACCCAUCCAAGCCCGUGAUAUCCAAGGUAUCAGUCAUCAGCAGUACAUUGACGAUCGUCACAUUCAGCUGUAUCAGCCGAUCUCCAGUUUUCAACCGCAAUCCAUUCCCACCGUAACGGUGAUCAAGAAUGAAGUUGUCGAUUUCGAUCUGUCCACGCUCAAGAACGGAACGCUGCACCAUAGCAACUUCCAGAACCCGUUGAUCGAUAAUAAUAUCUUCUCGCACAACGGUGCCCACGCCCAGUCGCCUCAGACUCAUCCGCAGCAGCAUCACCAGCACCACCAUCAAACCACCGCCCAGCACCAUUUGCACCAAUCACAGCACAGCAUGGUGACUCCGUCGAUCCAGGAGCACCACAUUACCAACAAUAGCAAAAUGACCGGGUCCAGUGCGAACCUGGACAGCAGUACUCACACGUCGGCACAGAUAACACGGAUCGCUGACAACCGGAAAAAGGAACGGCGGAAAAUACGGGCACCGUCGCUCGAGUCCAGUGCCGAGUCCGAGAGCAGUGCAAUGGAAAUUGGCGAAAGUGGCAAUCCGGGACAGGUGGCGGCCAUCUCCAGUACGGCCAACUUCAAAAGUCCCAUGCACACCAUGAGCAUGGACACCGACGACGGUGGGAUGCCGGGUGAAAAACAGACAAAGAAGAAGCGCAAACGCUGCGGCGAAUGUAUCGGCUGUUCGCGCAAGGAUAACUGCGGAGACUGUGCGCCUUGUCGGAACGACAAGAGCCACCAGAUCUGCAAGACCCGGCGCUGCGAAAAGCUGACGGAGAAAAAGAUUCUCUACGGGCCGGAUGGGCAACUGCUGAAACCGGAAUCGAAACGUGGACGCGGCAAGGGACGAUCGGCGAAAGCCGAGAAGGCUGCAGCGGCCGCUGCUGCAGCUGCCGCCGCCAACGGGGGCGCUACCACCGAUGCCAACGGAGCGGUUGUGACGUACGACGCCAAUGGACAGCCUAUAACUGGAAAGCGAGGCCGCGGUAGAGGACGCGGUAAUGGGACUGGACGAGGCCGUAAAGCGUUGAGUCUAGGUGCUACACCGAAGAAUCAACCCCAGAACGCAUCCGGAAGUCCGGCGCCGGCAUCGUUGCCGCAUCCAUCGCCAAACACCACCACCACCGGAGCAACCGGUGCCCCCAAUGUACUCCAAACGAGCCAACUGGUGACCGUAACCGGGGCCCAAACAGGUGUCAAUAAUACGCUGUUGGCCAACAGUAACAAUCAGGCCAAUCAGCCGCCCCAACAGGCACAGCAGCAAACCCUACAUCAACAACAACAACAGCAGCAGCAUCAAACUAUACCUGCCAACAAUCAGGGACUGCCGCAGCAACACCACCACCACCAACAACAGCAGCAGCAACAGCAACAACAACAACAACAUCAUCAAGUGCCAACAGGUUUAAUCAAAGCCGAAACAAUGAAGGAUCAACCGCAGCAACCGAUGGCACCGAUGGCGUUCUACCCAACCUGGCAGGCCGAUCCGUCGCAGGGUUGGCAGAAUCAGUUCAUCCAGCAGAUACCGCAAAACACGCCCGCCAUUACGCCACUAAACUCGCUCGAAUUCCAGCCACAGGGUUACGCCGCGUACCAACCGAACGGUUAUGUCCAAACGGCCGGCAUCGGGUUCGAUCCGAAUUACGGUCGGACGUACGCCGCACCACCAACCGUACAGCGCUAUGAAUUCCAAACCAAUCAGAUCACUCCCAUCAAUCAAGUAUCGCUGCAGAGUGUGUCCUUUGCACCGACCGUUACCUACGCGGGUCAAGUUUCGACCGGACCGACCGUAGUAUCCCACAAUCCACACGAUCAGUUUAACUUGCAGCUAAACAAGCAAACGUCGGGAAACGACAUGCCUGGAUAUCCACGGGUGAACAGCGUACCGCCGCGCUCACUCAAUUGUAAUGGAUAUUCAGGCCAACAAGAAUAUGGCGGUCAAACCACAACCCAGGCCAGUUCGGCAACGACUAAUGUAACCAAUGUCAACGGAACGUCCACCAGUACCGGAGCCAGUGGUGCCUCUUCGAUGCAUCCACCGGCACAGGUUCCUCAGUCACCGAACCGACAAACUCAACAGCAACCUCCUCGUCCGAACUCCAACCAGCAACUGUACGCCCAGCAAUCCCCCAAUCCCUACAGCGGCAGUGGAAACAAUAGUUUGCAACAGUCACCGAACCACAACAAUGGGGCUAACAGUGCUAACAACAACAACGUCUACGCACAGCAAUCCCACAGUGGCAUGCAUACCCCGUCACCCAUGCAAACACCAGACAAUCACCAAUCCCCGAAUCAUUUGAACGGUAAUCAACAGCAGCAGCAGCAACAACAAUCUCAGGGUGACUGGGGUGGCUGGAAUCAACAGCAACAGCAAUCGGCCGAUCUGUUUAACCAAUCGGAUCGAGUCAACUUGAAUUCACGAAUAAAAACGAUGAUCAUGAACAAGAACGAUCCCAAGGAUGUGAUCGGUGGGCUGCAGCCAACCGGUCAGCACAUGACUCAUCUAGGCGUCCAAAGCCCGGGGCUUGGACAGGGACCGGCUCAACAACAGACCGGUCAUUUUUUAUCGUAUAGCCACCAUCUCCGAGACAGUCUAACGCCUACAACGCUGGCCACGGGAGGCAGUAAUGCCCCGUCCGGCCAGUCACCAAUACCAAACUCAGCAAUGAUGGGUGGUGGAACAGGCAGUGGCAGUAACAGUACUUCCAACGAUGGUACUAUCGGAGAUGGUGGCGGUCUGAUCAACAGUAUCAGUAAUAUUGUUGAUCCUAAUUGGAAGCAAAGUAGUAAAUCGCCCGGUUUGGGAGCAAUGGAGAACAGAGCAGAGCACGAGAAUCAUCAUACACUAAUGGGCGAUCUUCAUCACGGUAGUAAGCAUCAGGGUUUUGAGCAGAAGCAGCAACUAAUCGACAAGAAUAAUACCGAUCCAGGAGGUGGUAGUCUACAUCACGAUUCCGGUGGUGGCGGCGGCGUCGGCGGCGGCAGCGGACAUGACGUCAAACACAAACUGAAUUCCUCCAAAUCGUCGUCUUCGUCAUCGUCCUCCUCCAAGUCUAAAAGCGGUAGCCAUAAGAAUAGCGAUAAGCAUAGCAAAUCGAAAAACAAUCAUCAUCUCGAUAUGAAUCAACAGAUAGACUCUAACAAAUCUUCCAAUAAUCUUAAUAGCUAUUCAAGUAGUAGUUUUAUGAGCGAGCAUCACUCGUCGUCAUCUUCGUCGUCGCCGUAUCCGAAUCUUAAUCAAACAUAUCCAGCAUCCAAUCAUAGCAACAGUAGUAGUAAUAACCCUGCAUCGCUGGGACUCGGUGGUUACCCAAGCCACCUGGUGGACAGCAAACUGGACGACAAGAGUCCGUUGAACCGUUUCCGACAUGACAACCUGAACAGUGGCUUCAAUCCACACCUUCCGCAUCAGCAGUCAUCGCACAUGCACGGCAGCGGUGCUUUCCAUCAUCCGCAGAGCGCCGGCAGUAGCGGCAGCUCCUCCAACUACAAUCUGAUGAGCGUGAAGAAAGAACCGGGCCUCCUAGACGAGGGUCAACCGCCGAAGUUCGAUGGUUACGAGAAAAAUUACCAGAACUUUAUCCGCUACGGAGACUAUAAUGACACUAGUCAACCGCCGCAGAAUCAACCUUCGCAGCACAGCAAUUCUGGUCUAUCCGGUUCCACGAAAACCGAGUACAAUAGCUACUAUUCACCGUACGGUAGCUAUCCGAGUUAUCAAAACUACCCGAAUUACCACAACCAGAACUUCAACAGCACCGCAACUGGCAGCACGCUUCCUCCAACUCCGGACAUUAGCACACCGCUACCGGCAAUCACGACCCCGAUAGCUCAUCAAACGAACUUCGAACAGCAAAUUCCGGCUCAUACUUAUCCGAUACCGAAAAAUAGCAGCAUACCACAACCGGAUAUUCCUAUCAAGUUGGAGACCGAAGAUAACUCCUAUCUCAAUACCAGCGGCAACAGUGGAUCAUCGCUGGGUGAAUCGGCAACGUCGGCAGCAGUUCCGGAGAAUACUUCCGAGCCGGAACCGCCGCCUUCUGCUGCUACGGCAGCACCGGCAACACAGGCGGCUCCACCGUCAAAGAGUAAAUCCAAAAAAUCCGACAAGAGUGACAAAGCCAACAAACAAGACCCAACCGCCGACGGAGACACGAAACCCGAAGCCGGCAGCAGUAAAUCUAGCAAGAAGAAGGAAUCCAAAGGUACGAAGAAGGAACAGGAAGCCGCCGCUGCCAAGCAAGCCGAAGACGAAAAACUGGAGAAAGCUCACAAGCCGGAAGCCCCGGACUGCGAUUGUUUUGCAUCAUCCGAUACCAAACCGCCGUCCGAACCGGGCAGUUACUACACUCAUUUGGGCUGUGCACCAUCACUGGAAGAACUUCGUCGAGAGACGGAGAAUCGGGUAGGCCUCAGCGGAAAACAACUGCGGAUAGAGAAGGUGGUGUACACCGGUAAAGAGGGCAAGUCGAGCCAGGGCUGCCCGAUUGCCAAAUGGGUUAUCCGGCGAGUUGAUCCCGAGGAGAAGCUACUCUUCAUCGUCAAACGAAGACAAGGGCAUCGAUGCAAGGCGUCCUUCAUUGUGAUAUGUAUCGUAGUCUGGGAUGGUAUUCCUACGCAGGAAGCCGACAGCGUCUACCGAAUGCUGGCGGUUAAACUGAACAAAUACGGUCUUCCAACGGUGCGUCGCUGUGCGACGAACGAGAAUCGCACCUGCGCCUGUCAGGGUCUUGAUCCGGAAAUCUGCGGUGUGUCCUACAGUUUCGGGUGUAGCUGGUCCAUGUACUACAACGGUUGCAAGUACGCCCGGUCCAAAACCGUGCGCAAGUUCCGUUUGUCCGUGAAGAACGAAGAAGCGGAGAUCGAGGAACGUAUGAAUAUUUUGGCGACUAUGUUGAGCCCCCUGUACGUGACCGUGGCUCCACAGGCGUUCCAGAAUCAGGUGCAAUACGAGAGGGAAGCUCCCGACUGUCGGCUCGGUCUAAAACCCGGGAAACCCUUUUCAGGGGUCACCUGCUGUCUGGACUUCUGCGCCCAUACGCACCGCGAUCUGCACAAUAUGCAGGAUGGUUGUACGGUACAGGUUACCCUGCUGAAACCAUUGCCGCCUGGUGUGAAAGCAGAUGACGAACAGUUGCACAUUCUUCCGUUGUACACGAUGGACACUACGGACGAGUUCGACAGUGAGGAAGCCCAGAAGAAAAAGGCCGAGAUCGGUUCCGUGCAAGCGCUGGAGAAGUUUCCAACCGAAGUACGAGUCAGAUCUACUCCGCUUCAACCGUGUCGACGCCAUGGAAAGAAGCGUGGCAACGGUAAGGAUGAGAAAGCGAAGGAUGGUGAAAAUUCCAACAAUGAAGAGUCCAUACCGGAAACGCCACCACCUCCGCCUCCACCAACGAAGAAGGAGAGUAAAUCGAAAAGCAAGAAAGGUUCCUCCAGUGUGGCUAAUAAUAACGGUAACGCGAACGCGAACUCCAACAACAGUAGCCAAAAUAGUCAAAGUUCAUCCGGUUCCGGGUCACCCAGGGCACACACUCCGGGUAAUAAUAGUACGAAAUCGGGCGGCUCAAGCGGAAAUGGUACCAACGUGGAAAACAUCGAUAAGUUGGGCAACAACCAACUGGCCCCGGCUGGAAACAACGGUUCAACCAGUGCAUUCACGGCCCCAAACACGAUCAACUCGCCGAACAAUGCGGGUAAUACGAACAGUACACUCGUCGAUAUGGCGUCUAUGAUCGAUAACUUCACAGAUGCUCAGCUGCAAUCGAACCAGAUCUCUAGUACCGUUCUGGAUUCCCCGUAUAGCUACGACUAUAACACCGGGCAGUAUAUUGACAAUCGUCAGUACUACAAUAACUGGCCGACGGAUUACUACGGAAACCGGACCGAUCCGAACAAGAUGCUGGGACGAAAUGAAGAAAUUCCGGACACUACAACUCGACCCGGUAGCAACAGUAGCAACUCAGCGUUCAGUCCGAGCAUUCCGGAUCCGACGAAAGCUCCAACUCCGAUCCACAUGGACGACUACAGCACCACCAAACUGAAUCAACAGCAAAACCAAAACACGUACCAUACGCUUCAGCAGCCGGAGCAAGGUUUCGUGAAACCAAAACCGCCAGAUUACAAUCCCGGUUAUGGCUACCAUCCAAAUACGCCAAUGAGCUACGGUUAUCAUCCGCCAUACACACCGUACGACCCGUACCAGAACUAUAACUACGGCUACCCACCACAGAGCUACCAUCCCACAUAUCACAACAUGUACUCGGCCACACAGACGCAGCUGCCCGGAACUGGACCGGCACCACCACCACCGCCAACUGCAGUCAUUCCCGCUCCUCCGCCUCCCUCAAACUGGAAUCUGUAUCCUCCACAUCCGCACCAUCAAACGCAUAUCCCGCCAACGACACCUUCGCAGUUACACGUCCCCCAUCAGCCGCAUCUUGGACCGAAACAGCAGGACCUACCACCGGUCAUGCAACAGGCUCCACCUCCUCCGGCUCCUCCACCACCGCCGAAGGAGACUCUCGGUGAAGUGACCGAAACCAACGAAAACGUUGACUGCUUCGAAGAUCCACAGAUGGGUGGGGUGGCUAUCGCCCUGCCGCACGGUAGUGUGGUGAUCGAGUGCGCCAAGCUGGAGAUGCACUCGACGACGGCUCUGAAGAAACCGAACCGCUUGAACCCGACCCGGAUGACGCUGAUAUUCUACCAACAUCGGAACCUGAACCGACCGAAGCACGGUAUUGCCGAGUGGGCCGAAAAGAUGCGCCUGAAGAAACUCGGUGUGGCCACCAACGAUCCGAUCGACGACAAGGACAUGCUGCUGAUGCAGGAGGACGACAUCAAGGCGGAACCGCUGGACGACCUGCACCACAUGCGGCACAUGGGCGAGGAACACGACUUAAUGGACGUUGAGUACUCGGGUGUCUAGUGGUGAGAGAAAAAUCUGCCGCCAGGUCGACCGCUGGAUGAGCAGAUUACAACACGUUCCCAUCACAACCACCCGGCGUCGGCAUCCAGCCUGAUGGCACCGACGCCGUCGCCGUUGACGCCAUCUUUGACGUCCCUUUCGUCGGUACCAGUGGCGUCGCAGCCGCCGUUGCUUCCGAGUGCGGCCAGCACCCGGUCAUCGUUCCAGCAGUCGCAGCUGCCACCUCAAUGGCUUUCGACGGGACUGCAGAGUCAGCCACAUGAAAGACAUGAUCCUAAUCAAUACUACUACUAUUACUACUACUGAGAACUGAAAGUGAUGCUAGAAAACAGAAAUCGAGUGAAGGAUUCGGCAAGAGCCCCACCUCCCCCGAGAGUCAAUGUACGUACGCUCCACACAGUAUUUUUGAUGGAAGAAAAGAAACAAGACAAAUAUUGCAUUGGUUAUAGGCUUAGGACUUAUGUUGUACUGUUUAGUUAGUUUCUCAAUCCUUUGUGAUAAGCAUUUCAGUUCGGUUCAGCCAAACUAUUGCUCAAACCUCUUCUGAAUUGUUUUAGUUAUUUUUUAUCGGAACCUGAAAUCUCAAACUUCAUGUUUUUUUUUCUCCUCAAGAUCAAAAGAAGAACAAGCGCAUUUUCAGGCACACAUACACACCUAAAAGAUAAUAGGACAAAUAUCAAAACAAAACAAACUUUUGAACAAACAGAAAAAUAUUUUAGAGGAAAAAUAGAAAAUUUAAAGUGAAAAAAAACAAAGUCUAUAUCGAAGCCAAAAGUACAAAAACAAAUUGUUAACACGCAAAACAAACGUUCUGACUAUUUGAAUCACAUUAACUCUUUCACUUUAAUCCCCUUUUUCUUUUCUCAUACCACAAAAAUACGCGUCGUUCGGACCACUCCUGCAUUAAUCUUCUUGAUUUUUUGCUGCUUGUUACAGUUACUAACCGAAAAAACAAAACAAAAAAAAAACUUACUAUUGAUGACUCUAAACAAACUGCUCUCGCUCUAAGAAAUCUCCAAUUUGCUAACUUUGCUUAUUGAUAAAACAAAAAAAAAACACUUUUUGCUAAAACACAAGUUUUAUAAAAGCAUGCUGUUAAUUUUUUUGUAAAUAUUACUCCUAGUUCCCCUUUUGCUGCGAUCACGCGUUUACACGCACACAUUCGAAAACGGAAAAUAAUACACACAGACACACACACACACCCUGUGCAACACCCACUCCUACGGCGUGUGAUUCCCGUGUGAUCUUAGAGAUCGUUCCAAACACAGUAAAAUCACUAAUAUUUAAGGGUUUUUUCCUUCUAGUAGACAUAAGUUCGCUCCGAAGUUGAGAACGGCAAAUCAUUUCCUAGGUUAAAUCGUUUUUUUUUUUUUGCUCCUUAAAACUUCGUCUGUCAAAGAAUGGUACUGUCCCUUUUUUUCGGACGCAAUUUCUCUCCCAACUUCUAGUUUGUUAGGUUUAGUAAGCAGAAGGGAACUGAGGGAAGCGUGUAAACAGCAUUGCACACCUACCCUACCGAAUGCACAUACAACAUUUAAGCAUGUGAACAAAAGAACUUUCAAAGAUGAAAAAGUAUUAGUAUUUUAAUUAGAGUAGUUUUUUUUCUGUUUUCUCGUAUUUUUGUAUUUUAAAUCUCCAUUUUUUAAUUAUUGAUCGUUUUUAUUGUCUAAUGGCGAAACGAAACAAGUAAAAGACAGCCGUAACUCGAAUCAGUUUUAUCAAAUAAACAAACUGAACAAAAACAUCUUAAGCUAGUAUUUCUGUUUUUUUUUUUUUUGUAUUUCCACUGUCAGGAAACAUUCAAAUAAUCUACUAUUUAAUCUCCUUAUUUAAAACUAUUUAUUGUGGACUAAAGCCACACGAUCACAAACACAAAUCGCAUUCACCCAUUGCAAAAGUGAAUCUAUUCAAUGAGAAGAAACAUUGCAAACGAAAGAAAAAAAACAUGGAAAAAACACACACACUUUAGCAUACGAACAUAAAUGAUUAUUGUCAUUAAAUUAUGCAUUAGUUUUAAGGAUCAUUUUUUUUCGUGAGUCGGAAAGUCGUCUCGUAUUUUUAAGUUUUAGUGAAAAAAAAAACAAGAACUUCAACAACAAAAAACGAACAUUAAUGCGCAUAUUAUUUGGCCAUAGAGAGUGCUGCGGUAGCAAACCAUAAUUAUUCUGUUCAUUUCUCUUAUCUUGCACAUUAAUUUUAAUCUGCCCCGUAGAGCAAAAGAUAAUGGAAGAAAAAAAAACCAAUAUAGUAGAUGUAAAAAUGCGUAGAAAUGUUACUAAGCAAAAUAAACAAAAAUAUAAAAUGACAAAAAAAAAAGAAUGAAAGCGAUAAGACGCCGUAAGCGCAUACGUAGAAGGAAGACAAAUUUGCCAUAUUGAUUGAAACAUGAUUAAAGAAUUACAUUAAAGCAUACAUGCGUAAAGUAAUGAAUACUCAAACAACCAGACACAUGGUAAAUUAUUUUACAAUACAUGAAUAAACUACAGUUUUUUUUAAACAAAACUUGUUUUCGAUUAGUUUCAUUUUCGUUUCAACUUAUUCUCGUCCUAAAGUAUUUUCGUUCGAUUUGAAAGAAAGCUAAACCCAGUGGUUUUCAAGCCCAAAGAUUGCGUUUCUGUGUAUAGUCUAUUGACGUUUUCCCAAACAAAAGCCUAUUAUUUUUCCUAGUAUUAUUUCGUAAGAGCCACAAACAAGGUAACGAAUCUUGUAGAAUGGCAUCAAACAAACUGUGCACGCAGCAAAUAAUUCGUAGUAGCUGUGUUGUUUUAUUAUACACAAACAUUUAAAACAAAAAAAAAACACACACACAUAUAAAAUGUAACAGUAGCCUGUAGGGUAAAUGGUUCUUUUCUAAAGCCGGACGAUUUUCCCACACACGAGCAGUUUUUGGGAGAUCGUCAAAAUGAUGCCAUAUUUGAAUGUAAAUUAUUGUUAAAAUAAAUGAAGAAAGUAAGAGAAAAAAAAUGUAGAGCAAAUGAAAUGAGAUAUACAUAUAUUUUUUCGGAAACUCCUCGGCAAAAUUCAGAACAAAAAGUGCAGAAAAAAGACAACUAGAUAUUGUGAGAAAAUAAGAUACGUAUUAUUAAAUGAGAUAGGCUUGUAGAUUUUAAAAAAAACUACUUUCCCUCAAACAACUAGUGGUAGUAAAGUAACGUAGCGUAAAGAAUACAAACUUCCCCAUUACCGGAAACAUCUUAUUUAUGUAAAACCCUUCAAGUCAGCGAGAUUCAUUCUACGGUUUUUAUUUCUUCUCAAUUUUAUCUACAUAACGCAAACAUAAUCGAAUAAUCUCAGAUGUUCUUCAAACUAUUUACCAAUUGGUGCAAAAAAAGGGAAUAAAAUGACAACUAUAUACAAUGCCAAAAAAAAAAUGGAGAGCGCAAAUAUGUAAGAAAAGUAACUCACAAGACGUAUAUUUUGUAGCAAUUCAAAGCAAUCACGAAGACAUGCAAGUAAUGAGAAGCAAAACCCUAGGAAGAAUCAAAUAAAACGACGGAAUAAGCAUAAUUUAAAACGUCCUCCGAUUGCGCGAUGGUUGAAGAAAGUCCCCGGCGGAGGAAAGAGAGAAAAAUCACAUUAAUAAAGUAGUAAGCAAACACUUGCGAAUGAUACACACAUUCAGAAUGAUCUCAUAUCAUUAGAAAGCAAACCAUCGUCAUUUUCGGUGCGAAAUACAGAUGAAAGACAUGUGAAAGAUUUCGUCUAGAUUUUCUUGGUUCCAAUUGCAUCUAUCCAGCACUCAAGUGAGAGGACAUCCUAAGCAAGCUAAAGCGUAAUGCAAACAUGAAUAUAAACAAAAAAAUGCCGUUGAUCAUAACCGAAAAUAUGCCACCUUCGCACUUUUACUGUAAUUUCAAACACGGAAAGUUUCCGGGGUUACGAGAAAUGAGAUAUUUACGUUUCGCAGUGAAUAAUGGAAACCGCAGACACAAGAAUAUUAAAAGAAAAAUAAUAACUAAAGAUAAUAGAAAACAAAAUACACGAUACAUGUGUAAGUGACAGCGAUUGAAAGCGGAAAGAUGACGAGAGGAAGCGAAGAACAAGCAAGGAAAACAAUUAUUAUUAUGAGCAUUAUUAUUAAAAUUAUUAUAUAUUCUUAUUAUAUUUAGUGGAGAAAAAGAAAAGAAAAAUGAUUUUUUUUGAGAAAUUAAGAAAAUAAAGAAACAUUGUAUAAAAUA